UCAUGGUCGCUCCACCUAGGGUCACCAAAAACCUUAGGCACCAAAUAUUUCACAAUACCGGGUCACAUCAGUACGUGUUCUCGCUAGAGAUCGCUUUUACGCGUAAUAGGUUUGGGUAACUCGUAGUAUUAAACGCAUGUGUGUCAUUUAUCUGAUAUUCACAUGCUGAUACAGUGCAGACGUUCAGUGUUUUUGUCGAUAAUUCUCGAGCACGGAACUGUUUGUGUUUGGCGGGUUCCGGUCUGAUGCGCCGCCCUGUUCAUCGUAUUACCAAUUUAAAAAAUAUUCAUUCAAUUCAAUUCAAUUUUAUUUAUAUAGCGCUUUUCACAAUGUGCAUUGUUCCAAAGCAGCUUUACAGGAGCAAAUAAGAAAAACACAGAAAGGUAAAACACAGCACAGUGCAUGGUGUUUAUAGACCAAGCAAGAUCAUUAUAAUAAAUAAUAUCUAAUAAAUAAAUGAAUAAAUAAAUAAAUGACGUGACGUUCCCAAUGGCAUUUAGUUGUAGGUGUAGUCUGAAUAGUAGUCCGAAAAAACUGAAAGCGGAUUCUUUUUGAUGGUUUGCAGGAGCGUUUGUCAUUGGAUAACAUUCUCCAAUGCUGUACUAAUCGCGGGCAUCAUCAUCUCCACACCAAAACGUUCUAAAGCUGAUGAAAAUCACACGACUGUCUUUCCCACGACUCUGUGAUAUGGUGACGAAUCUUUGGUCCGAGUAUGUGUCGUGAGUGCGUUUGCUUUAGUUUGUCCAGGUUGGUGUUCGUAAGAAGGUCCCGGGAUUCACUUUGACUUGCAAACCAAUGUCUAAACAUUCCAGGAGAAACACCCCUCGCUCAGACUGCGUUUCGCAUUCAUCCGCUUGCUAGUGGCACGGAGUGCGCCAUAGCAGCAUAAGACAUCAAUUUUUCUUUCUUUUUAAUUGUUAAUUAAAUAUUAACAAUUAUUAAUUCGUGUUCAUUUUCGUUAGGUAUGUUUACAGAAUAUAGUUGAAAUAAGGAAUAAAUGAAGUCCUCCAGUUCUAAGGUUAGUCAUGAAAUAUUUCUUCUAAUCUGAAAUAAAAUUGUAAAUACAUUUAAGGGACGAAAUGUGGUCGAAUGCUCACAUGCAUUAUAUUUGAAUUUGAGUAGGCUACUGACGUUUGUCCAAACACAAGCCUUCUUCAUAGUAGGAUUAGAAGAUGCGCUUUGACCGGCUCUCGCGCGCUGUGAUUCCCAGCAGCCCGGAUGUAGCUCGCAGUCUCCAGCAUCAAUCCCGGAUCCCGGAGCCGAUGAUGAUGAUAAUAAUAAUAUGGCGCGGAUAACCACGUAACGUUGUUUUUGUCCACAUAACAUUCUCGACAAGUGGAGCGAAUCACCGACAGGACAUGUAAACAGCUAAACGCCGGGAAUCGGUUUUUCCAACAUGUUUGGAAAGAAGAAGAAGAAGCUGGAAAUAUCGGCCCCUUCUAACUUUGAGCACCGCGUUCACACGGGCUUCGAUCCGCACAAGCAGACGUUCACAGGACUGCCACAGCAAUGGCAGAGUCUGUUAGCUGACACUGCCAACCGACCCAAACCCAUGGUGGACCCGUCCUACAUCACACCCAUUCAGCUCGCCCCGAUGAAGAUAUCUCCCAAGAAAGUCCGGUUGGCCGAGUCGCCGUUGCGAAAAACUAUCGUCCGUGGCAGCCGGCCGCCCAAAGACGCCUCCAUCAACGGUCUGCUGGAAGAGUUCGACAACAUCUCUGUGACUCGCUCCAACUCUCUGAGAAAAGAAAGUCCGCCCGGGGUCCAUCAGGCCGGCACCAACAAACUGCUGUCGGCUUCGGCGGUGAACGCGGGCGGUCCGGAGGAGAACGGCUUCACCCCUCACUACGGCCGUUACUCCUGCGAUCUGGACAGCAGCAAGGACUUCUCGCUGGAGCCGCACCGCGACAAAGGCGUCCACGAUGGGGAAUGGGCGGUGGCACGGCACUACCGUUUCUCUCUCAAACACAAUGGUCAUCCCAUCCGGAGUCCCUUCUACCCCGACGCCAUGCCGCAGAAGUCUUCAGACUAUGCCAAGAUGCCUCCGGACUACCACGCCUACCUGGAGAGCCGACGGGAGUACUACCGAGCGUCUCUGGGCGGAUCCAGUCAGGAUUACAGGGAGCAGGCGCUGGGAACGCCGUCUCGGGUAUCCGUCCGCAGCGAGCAGGUGAAUUAUCCCGACGGAGACUGGGGAUACGGAGCGCCUCACAGAGACGAUUACGACAAGAGGCCCAAGUCAUCCUACGUCAGUCAGACGAGUCCCCAGCCGGCCAUUCGGCAGCGCUCCAGGUCGGGUUCUGGCCUGCAGGAGCCCGGUCUGCCAUACGGGAUGGGUGUGUUUAAAAGUGGCGCGCAGGGGCCGUACAGCUCCUACACCUACCCCAGACUCUCAGAGAACACCUCCUCUCUCAUCAUAGGAAAGGGCGAGUACGACAGAGCGUCUCGUGAUGGGAGUCCGCAGGCACCCGGGGUUGAGACGUAUCCACGUGGCCCCUUCAGACUACCUCAGAGCCACGGCAAGCCCGCUUACCCACCCGGUUUCCAGUACCCGCUGCCCUUCCACUACAAACCUUCACCCUAUCACCACCCACCAUCACAGCCCAGCCCACCCUACACCCCGCAGGGCGCUCACUCUCAGCCCUCGUCUCCUUAUAUUCCUCCCGGUGCGUAUCCUCCGCCCAGCUGGGGCUCGGCUUCAGAGCAGCCGCCCUCUCGGGUGUCCCACGAGCAGUUCCGGGCGGCGCUGCAGCUGGUGGUGAACCCGGGCGACCCGCGGGAGUACCUGGACAACUUCCUGAAGAUCGGAGAGGGCUCCACGGGCAUCGUGUGCAUCGCCACCGAGAAGCACAGCGGCAAACAGGUGGCGGUUAAAAAGAUGGACCUGAGGAAACAGCAGCGACGAGAACUUCUCUUCAAUGAGGUGGUUAUCAUGCGAGACUAUCAUCAUGAGAAUGUGGUGGACAUGUAUAACAGUUAUCUGGUGGGUGACGAGCUCUGGGUGGUGAUGGAGUUUUUAGAGGGUGGAGCUUUGACUGAUAUCGUCACUCACACCAGGAUGAAUGAGGAGCAGAUCGCUACGGUGUGUGUGUCUGUGUUGAGAGCUCUGUCAUAUCUGCACACACAGGGUGUGAUCCACAGAGACAUCAAGAGCGAUUCAAUCCUCCUGACCAGUGACGGACGGAUCAAACUCUCAGAUUUUGGCUUCUGCGCUCAAGUGUCUAAAGAUGUUCCUAAGAGAAAGUCUCUGGUGGGGACGCCGUACUGGAUGGCACCUGAGGUCAUCUCCAGAUUACCAUACGGCACUGAGGUGGACAUCUGGUCUCUGGGCAUCAUGGUGAUCGAGAUGGUUGAUGGAGAGCCGCCGUACUUCAAUGAACCUCCACUGCAGGCCAUGAGACGCAUACGCGACAACCUUCCUCCUCGACUCAAAGAGCCACAUAAGGUGUCAUCUGUUCUUCAAGCGUUUCUGGACCUGAUGUUGGUGAGAGAGCCGUCUCAGCGCGCUUCGGCUCAAGACCUCCUGCAGCACCCUUUCCUAAAGAUGUCGGGACCCCCGUCCUGUAUCGUUCCCCUCAUGAGACAUUACAGACUCCGCUGAAGUCCCAGUGACACACAUAACCGCCUCUUGACUUUAAUAGAUGUGAACUACUGUACAGACAGACUCUGGUGUAGAGUAAAACCGUAGGACAGCUGCUCAAUACAUCACAUUACUAAACCACGUCUUAGUUUUGCCCUUUUGUCGUCUCACGCUAACAACAAAAAGAUGUAUUUUAGAGCAAUUGUAAGUUUUACUUGUACAGUUUUGAUAAAGCACAGUAUUUUUGUUGUGAUGUUAACAUGGUGAACUGGACAGUAUUGCAUAGAAUCUGAAGGUUUCUGCAAAAUACAACUCAAUAAAAAGUCUUUCUUACUGUUUAUAUUUCUUUUUCUUUUUUUGAUAUAGUCAUCUGUUGCAGAAAGAUUUGGGAAUAUAUCAUUUUUUAAUCAACAUUUGCCGAUGUUCCUGUAAGCGCGCUGCAGGUCGUGUCAGACGUGUUUUUAUUUCUAAAGUCCAGCUUUAGUUCUCUCAUUUGUGCUCAUGUUUGGAAAGCUGUAUGGAGCGCACCAGAGAUGCAAUAGCAAAACAAGACAUUUCACAUAAAAACAUCUUCACAUUGUAUUUUCAUGAAACCUUGAGCAAUAUUUACAUUUUUGACUCGAUAAUGGAUCACAGUGCGUUUCCUUGUUGAUAUGAGUGUAAACGGCUGACUGUCUCACCUGUGUCUCAGUGCUCACUGUGAUCUGUAAAUAUGAAAGUGUAUUUCUGACAUAACCUGUAGGAUGUACAGAGCUCACGUUGCGUUUGUACAGAGCUAUUGCAUGACUUCUCACUAAAAGCUGAUUUCAAUAAAAAACAAAUAUGUUAA